UAAGCUCCCGAGAGCAAGAAUUUUUGUGUUUAAUUUACCGCUUUAUCCUGAGAAGCUAGAAAAAUUCCUGCACAGAGAAAUACUUAUUAAAUAAAUAAAUAAAAUUAUCUUGAGCCCAGUUUUGUCUACUGAACUUGUACCUUUAUAGAGAAGAUGAAUAUAUAGAUAAAUAGUUAUUACUUUGCUCUCACAACUGUUGUUAGAUACUUGAACAAAACUGCAUCACAGGUGAGGGGGAAAGGAGUUUAUAACACUCUAUGACCCAAAAGGUGUUCAAUGCAGUUUAGCUAUUAUUACAUUACUCUUUGAAAUAAAGACUACCUGAAGUUGUGAAGCAGAACGCUUGGUGGCGCUGCAGGUUAAGAAAGUGAAAAACUGUCGCUGCAUGCUCCCAGACUCCAUAAAAACCGAUCCGUUUCUGGCAGCUCACAAAAGAAACGUUUACACUGAUGGGUAAAGAAGAUUUCAGAGAGGCGGCUAUCCCCCUGUCAACGUUAAGAGCUAACUCAAGAUUACUGAACCAAGAUAGCAGAGUUGGCUGCAAAACAAUUAUUUUGUGAUUAAAUACUGCAUCUUUUAGACCCGGAGGAACCAUGGAGACGCCGCUACCCAAAGCGACGCAAAAAAGGCAAGUGACUGCCAUUAUUAUUCUAUUACUAUUGUGGGAGGUGGGUGGUGCGGUCAUUAAGUAUUCCGUUCUAGAAGAGAGACACAGCGGCUCAUUUGUGGCCAACCUAGCAAAAGAUCUGGGGUUGGGCUUAGGAGAGCUGGCCUCGCGGGGCGCCCGGAUUCUUUCCAAAGGGAAUAAACAGCAUUUGCAAGUCGAGCACAAGAGUGGGAAUUUGCUCCUAAAAGAAAAACUGGACCGGGAAGAGUUGUGCGGUGACAUGGAUCCAUGUAUACUGCAUUUCCAGGUGUUACUGAAAAACCCGGUGCAGUUUAUUCAAGGUGAAUUACAGCUCCAAGACGUAAAUGACCAUGCCCCUGAGUUCCUGGAAAAUGAAAUUCUACUGAAAAUCUCAGAAAGUAGCCAUACAGGAGCCGCAUUUCCUUUGAAAAUAGCUCAAGAUUUAGAUGUGGGCAGUAACACAGUUCAGAACUACACAAUUAGCACCAACUUCCAUUUCCACCUUUUCACUCGAAAUCGCAGCGACGGCAGGAAAUACCCGGAGCUGGUGCUGGCCAAAGAGCUGGACCGUGAGGAGCAGCCAGAGCUCAGGUUAACCCUCACGGCGCUGGAUGGUGGGUCACCGCCAAAGACUGGGACUUCCCAGGUUCUCAUCAUGGUCCUGGACAUAAAUGACAACGCCCCUGAAUUUGCUCGGCAGCUCUACGAGGUGCAGAUCCCAGAGAACAGCCCUAUAGGCUCCCUUGUCAUCACUGUCUCUGCCAGAGAUUUGGAUGCUGGGACCCACGGAGAGCUCUCCUACUCAUUUUUCCAAUCAUCAAAUCAAGUCAUUCAGGCCUUUGAAAUCAACACAGUAACGGGGGAUAUUCGAUUAAAAAAAAUGUUGGAUUUUGAGGAAAUUCGAUCUUACCGUAUGGAAAUUGAGGCCUCAGACGGCGGGGGUCUUUCAGGAAAAUGCACUGUAGCCAUAGAAGUGACGGAUGUAAACGACAACGCCCCUGAAUUGACCAUGUCAUUACUCAUGAAUGAUAUCCCAGAAAACACCCCUGACACUGUGGUCGCUAUUUUCGGAAUUUCAGAUCCAGACGCCGGGGACAAUGGCAAAAUGAUGUGUUACAUCCAAGACCAUCUCCCAUUCCUUCUGAAAAUUUCUGUAGAAAAUUUCUACACCUUGGUAACAGAAGGAGCGCUGGACAGAGAGAGCAGAGCCGAGUACAACAUCACCAUCACCGUCACCGAUAUGGGAACCCCCAGGCUGAAAACCGAGCACAACAUAACCGUGCUGGUGUCCGACGUCAACGACAACGCCCCCGCCUUCACCCAGACCUCCUAC